AUGGGGAACAAUUCAAAUAAACAAAUAACAAAUGAUUUACGAUAUGGAAAUAUCAAUAAAUUUAUAUUUGAAAAUUAAUUGAUAAUUUAAAAGGAUAUUGACUUUAAGGAUUGCCCUGAUUAAUUAGCUGGUUGUAUUCAUAAAUGCUAAUUAAGUCAAUCAAUAAUUCAUAAGAACAUAAUAAAAUUGCACAAAUAUGAAUUAGAUAAGCUAAAUGUAUCAAUAUAUUUUGAACAUUAUGACUAUGAUUUAUAAUAAGACAUCAUAAAAAGAAAAUUGAAUAAUGUAAUGAUUGAUCAAAUGUUAUUUAGAACUAUUAUUAAGAACAUGAACUAUUAUAAAUGCUUGAUCAAUUUGUCUCAGCCUUAGCCUACCUUUAAUAAUAAUAAAUUUUCCACAAUGAUAUUAGACCUUAAGUAUUACUUAUGAUAACUAGAAUAUUUUAUUGACUCCGAAUGAUACAAUUAAAUUAAAUUAAUAAUGGGUGAUAGAUAAUACUCAAAAUUAACAAAGAUACUAUGCACCUGAAUAAAUUUAUAAUGUGCAAUCUAAUCCUUUUAAAAGCACAUCAUACAGUUUAGGAAUAACAAUGCUUCAUCUAAUGACUCUAACAUCCAUGGAAAUAGUCUAUUUAAAAAAUUAAGUAAAUUUAACAUUGGUGAAUGAAAUAUUAAGAUGCACAAAUUACUCAAAUAAAUUAAUUAAUAAAAUUCAACAUUUGUUAUUUUAAUCUCCUAAUUAACGAACUGAUUUCAUAUUUUAUGUAAACAAAUAAGCUAAUUUGCAAUAAAAGAUAUUGUUUAGUCCACCUAAAACAAUUACCUAAACUCAAAGAUAUAUUAAUAAAUAAUCUUAAUCACCUUUAACAAAAACAAUAUAACCUCGUCUCUCUUACUCCCCUUUUACUUUCAGAACAAUAGCUCAAACAAAAACUCAUCCACAUUAAAUUAUUAUUGUAUAGAGCAGUGCCAGAUAAUUAAUUACAACUCCAAGUCCAAUGAAAUUUAUUAAACAAUAAGAGUAGCAAUCUAAAUUAAUGUUUACACCUAAUCAAUCGCUAUAGACUAAAGAAACUAUUUCAAAUUUGGAUGACUCAACUGCCAAUACUGAUUUAGAUUAUAAGAUAUAGAAGGCACUUAAAUAAACAAACGAAACACUUAAAAAGAAUUACAUGUUGUAAUGA